AUGACAAUCGGUUUUAGAGCGAUUUCUAAACUAGUAGCGCCUAUUGUUGGUAACGUAAUUUGUUUAUCUCGAGCUCAAUUCAGUGUUGCAGUAAAAAUGAAUCCCGAUUACAAGAGUGCAUCAUCAAUUCAUGAAUUUACAGUAAAGAAUAUCAAGGGGGAGGACGUGAAUUUAGAUGUCUACAAAGGUCAUGUCUGCAUAAUUGUUAAUGUAGCCUCACAGUGCGGUCUUACAGCUAAUAAUUACAAGCAGCUGAAUGAACUAUAUGAAAAGUAUGCUGAAGAAAAAGGACUACGUAUUCUGGCUUUUCCUUGCAAUCAGUUCGCCGGUCAGGAACCGGGCAAUCCAGAAGCGAUUGUAUGUUUCGCUGCAGAUCGCAAAGUGAAAUUUGACCUGUUUGAAAAAAUUGAUGUUAACGGUGACAAUGCAAGUCCAUUAUGGAAGUUUUUAAAGCAACAAAAACACAAACAAGGCGGCACCCUCGGUAGCUUCAUCAAAUGGAACUUUACCAAGUUCAUUGUCGACAAAGACGGAGUACCAGUAGAGCGUCACGGCCCUAAUACGGAUCCCAACGACUUAGUCAAAUCACUUGAAAAAUACUGGUGA